AAUAAUAAUAAUAAUAAUAAUAAUAAUAAUAAUAAUAAUAAUAAUAAUAAUAAUAAUAAUAAUAAUAAUAAUAAUAAUAAUAAUAAUAAUAAUAAUAAUAAUAAUAAUAAUAAUAAUAAUAAUAAUAAUAAUAAUAAUAAUAAUAAUAAUAAUAAUAAUAAUAAUAAUAAUAAUAAUAAUAAUAAUAAUAAUAAUAAUAAUAAUAAUAAUAAUAAUAAUAAUAAUAAUAAUAAUAAUAAUAAUAAUAAUAAUAAUAAUAAUAAUAAUAAUAAUAAUAAUAAUAAUAAUAAUAAUAAUAAUAAUAAUAAUAAUAAUAAUAAUAAUAAUAAUAAUAAUAAUAAUAAUAAUAAUAAUAAUAAUAAUAAUAAUAAUAAUAAUAAUAAUAAUAAUAAUAAUAAUAAUAAUAAUAAUAAUAAUAAUAAUAAUAAUAAUAAUAAUAAUAAUAAUAAUAAUAAUAAUAAUAAUAAUAAUAAUAAUAAUAAUAAUAAUAAUAAUAAUAAUAAUAAUAAUAAUAAUAAUAAUAAUAAUAAUAAUAAUAAUAAUAAUAAUAAUAAUAAUAAUAAUAAUAAUAAUAAUAAUAAUAAUAAUAAUAAUAAUAAUAAUAAUAAUAAUAAUAAUAAUAAUAAUAAUAAUAAUAAUAAUAAUAAUAAUAAUAAUAAUAAUAAUAAUAAUAAUAAUAAUAAUAAUAAUAAUAAUAAUAAUAAUAAUAAUAAUAAUAAUAAUAAUAAUAAUAAUAAUAAUAAUAAUAAUAAUAAUAAUAAUAAUAAUAAUAAUAAUAAUAAUAAUAAUAAUAAUAAUAAUAAUAAUAAUAAUAAUAAUAAUAAUAAUAAUAAUAAUAAUAAUAAUAAUAAUAAUAAUAAUAAUAAUAAUAAUAAUAAUAAUAAUAAUAAUAAUAAUAAUAAUAAUAAUAAUAAUAAUAAUAAUAAUAAUAAUAAUAAUAAUAAUAAUAAUAAUAAUAAUAAUAAUAAUAAUAAUAAUAAUAAUAAUAAUAAUAAUAAUAAUAAUAAUAAUAAUAAUAAUAAUAAUAAUAAUAAUAAUAAUAAUAAUAAUAAUAAUAAUAAUAAUAAUAAUAAUAAUAAUAAUAAUAAUAAUAAUAAUAAUAAUAAUAAUAAUAAUAAUAAUAAUAAUAAUAAUAAUAAUAAUAAUAAUAAUAAUAAUAAUAAUAAUAAUAAUAAUAAUAAUAAUAAUAAUAAUAAUAAUAAUAAUAAUAAUAAUAAUAAUAAUAAU